AUGUUGCAGAAUACGUACAGAAUAAGAAAUAUAUGUGCAGUGGUCAAUGCAAUCCAUUCGUGUCGUUCAAAAUUCAUAGGUAAAAAACAUUAUAAAGUCGCAGUGAACUUUUUACAAACUAGAACGAAAAAGGAUGAUUCUUCUCUUUCAUCCCUAUUUGUUCCUAUACAAAUCAAACCAAAUUCAGAUGAUAUUGAUGUUGGAUACGAACUAACAGGCUCCCUGAAUAAAAGUGAUUUGUUGAAAGUUCUUAGUAAAUUUUACCAAAGGAAAGAAAUAAAGCAGUUGCUCACAGAUAAUGGUCUUGAUAAUUAUCUUCAACAUCAAGCUUAUGUGAGCUUUAGAAGAUAUUGUUUGGAAGCACAAUCUUUACCUGCUGAUAUACAUGUUGUCUUCAGUGAUAUCUUACAAGGCUCUGGAAAUGUAACAGACAUGUAUCCUUACUUUCUUCGUCAUGCUAAAAUGAUGUUUCCACACUUGGACUGCAUGGAUGAUUUGAAGAAAAUAUCUGAUUUAAGGUCUCCAGCUAACUGGUACCCACAGGCUAGAGCUAUCAAUAGGAGAAUUAUUUUUCAUGCAGGACCCACAAAUUCUGGAAAGACCUAUCAUGCUCUAGAGAGAUUCAUUACAGCUAAAUCAGGAGUAUAUUGUGGGCCAUUGAAAUUAUUAGCUAAUGAAGUAUUCAAUAAAACAAAUUCCAGGGGAACCCCUUGUGAUUUAGUGACAGGUGAAGAACGAAACUUUGCAGAUCCAUCAGGAAAUGCCUCCUUUCAUGUUUCCUGCACAGUAGAAAUGACAUCUGUAACAAAUUCAUAUGAAGUGGCAGUUAUUGAUGAAAUACAAAUGAUCAAGGACCCCCAACGUGGUUGGGCUUGGACUAGAGCCCUUUUGGGCACCACAGCCGAGGAAAUUCACCUUUGCGGUGAACCUGGGGCCGUAGAUUUGAUCAGACAAAUAUGUUUGACAACCGGUGAAGACUUAGAGGUUCGUAACUAUAAAAGACUGACUGCGUUAAAAGUUGAAGAUACUGCCGUAGGAUCAUUGGAAAAUGUUCUUCCUGGGGACUGCAUUGUCUGUUUUAGCAAGAAUGAUAUUUACUCUGUUUCAAGGGGUAUUGAAGCUACUGGGAAAGAAGUGGCUGUGAUAUAUGGUGGUUUACCACCUGGAACUAAAUUAGCACAGGCAGCAAAAUUUAAUGAUCCUGAUAACAGUUGCAAAAUAUUGGUUGCCACUGAUGCUAUAGGAAUGGGCCUAAAUCUGAGUAUUCGGAGAGUGAUAUUUUAUUCAUUAAUCAAACCAGCGUUGAAUGAGAAGGGAGAAAGAGAAAUGGAUACGAUCUCAGUUUCAUCUGCAUUGCAGAUAGCUGGGAGAGCAGGAAGAUACGGUACUCAGUGGGAAAAGGGGUCAGUAACAACAUUCAAAGCGGAAGAUUUGAGUACCUUAAAAACUCUUUUGUCAUCAAAACCCCCUCCUUUGACACAAGCGGGUUUACAUCCUACUGCCGAACAGAUUGAACUGUAUGCUUAUCAUUUACCUAACUCCAGCUUGAGUAAUCUAAUGGAUAUUUUUGUGAAUUUGUCGACAGUGGAUGAUUCAUUAUAUUUCAUGUGUCAAACCGAAGAUUUCAAAUUUUUGGCAGACAUGAUUCAGCAUGUUCCAUUACCUCUCAGAGGCAGAUAUCUGUUUUGCUGUGCUCCCAUCAAUAAGAAAAUGCCUUUCGUUUGUACAAUGUUCUUGAAGUUUGCUCGACAGUAUAGUAAGAAUGAACUUAUAACGUUUGACUGGUUAUGUCGAAAUAUCGGAUGGCCCUUACAACCUCCCAGAACUAUUAUUGACUUGGUUCAUUUAGAAGCAGUAUUUGAUGUGUUGGAUCUGUAUUUAUGGCUAAGCUACCGUUUCAUGGAUUUGUUCAAUGAAGCACACCUUGUGAGAGACAUGCAGCGAGAGUUAGACCAGAUCAUCCAACAAGGAAUCGUACAACUCACCAGGCUGUUGAAAAAUUCUGAGACAGUUAUCAGCUCAGGAACAGCCAUAGCUGAUGAUGAGGAAUUUGCUAUGCAUAGACAGAAACAGUCUUAUUUGAGAGGUCCGAAAGCAUCAUUGGGGAAAGGAAGAUUGACAGAAAGAUUACUAGCACAAGGGAUACUCACUCCCAAUAUGUUGCAAGAAUUAAAGAAAGAAUGGAAUAAAAAUAAUGGAAUUAGUCCUGAUAACAAGAACAAUGACAGUGAAGAAAAUAACUGGAAGAAAAUGUAUAGGAAGCGAAAAACGAAAUAA